AUGGGCAUAAUCAUUGAUGAAAGGGAGUGCGGAGAUACCGGCCUUCCAGGAGAGCUGAAGAUGUCCUCCCUGGACCCCCUGCCUCCAGCCACCCCUCCCUCCCAGAAGCCCACCCGGAUCAUCAAACCUCGCCCACCCACCAGGCCCCGGCCUUAUUUACCGCCCAGGCCGGACUCGAGCAAGCUGGGCCAGGGCCCCACGCCGCCGUUGCCGCCGGAGGACUCCACGGCCCAGCCGGCAAACGACGACGGAUGCCGCAAAUUCCCCGAACCCCCGUGCAGCACCGAGCGGCAGCUCCACAUCCUGCAGAAUUCGGGGGCCGUCCGGAAGAUCGUGGUGCGCUUUGACCAUACAGGGCCGGAGAAGGACGAGGCCGACAAGCCGGCGCGGCCGAUUCUGAAUGGCAGCCAAGCGCCCGCCCCGGUGGCUGAGAAUGGGGGAGGGGAGACGGAGGAGGAAAAAGAAGCACAGGGCCAGUUGGAUCCUAGUGAUGGCACGCCGCCGUCCACGUUGGCUGUGGUGGAGCAGAACGGUGUAGAAUCCCCAUUUUCCUGCCCCUCGGUCUGCCCCUGCGUGUGCCACCAGCAGCGAGCAGGCAUGGUCUUAACCUGGGUCCCGGCACCUUCUCAGCAAGCCAAGCGAGACAACGGCGAGGAAGAGCCCGCCUCGGACCUCUCGUCCUCCGCCGACGAGGGGGGACCGCUCUUCCACCGCUUCCUGGCACUCAACCCCCCGCCCGCCAAACCCCCUGCCAAAGGCGGCAGGGCCCCCAAAUCCCGCCGUUCUCCCCGGAGCAAGAAGCCCCCCGACCCCCCGCCCUCGGCCAACGGGCACGCCGAAGGCAGCGUGGUGCUGACUGGAUACCGCUCCACCGCUGAGCCCCUGCCCCCGCGCUGCCCCCCGCUGAUACCCAAGCCCCCCCGUCGCAGCAGGGGGGUCUCCCCUGCCUUUUUCGACAGCGAGCCCGUGCCCCCGGCCAUCCCGCCCAAAGCCCCGGUGAAACCGCCUCGCAACUCCUUGGGGCCCUUUUCCUUCCCCCGCAGGGGUUCCCUCCAGUUCCCCCUGGAGUCCAACCACGUUCACGGCGAAGCCUCGCCCCUCUCCCCCGGGGAGGGCCUCCUCCUUUCGCCCCCUUCCCAGCCCCCGCCGCCCCCACCGUCUUCCCAGGGGUUGCCCCCUCCACCCCUCCCUCAUCAGCAGCCUCACCCGCUUCCUCCCUCCCAACUCCCCGCGAUCCUGACUCCACCCCCUCCAUCCCAGCCUCCUCCUCCAUUGCCUCAGGGGCUGCCCCCACCGCCAACUCAGCCCCCGCCACCCCUGCAGGACACGUCGCCGGAUGGAAGUCCGUGUCAAGGUGGCUGCGAAUCUGACUGCCCGGAAUCAGGCGAAUCUGACGCAGGGACCCCAAAGGACAGAUCCUCCUCGGUGCUGUCCCCUAAGGGCCCUGACUGGGGUCUUUGCUUACAGGACGAGCCCUUGUACCAAACCUACCGCCAGGCUGUCAUCUCCAAGGAGAUCAAAAGGCAAACGGUCCCUCGCAAUAGCAGCUUCAGCAGCUCGGACUACGGGGCCCCGUCCCCUGGCGAAGGUCCUGCCGGGCCCCGCGGCCCCAUCCCACACAGCACGUUGUGGCAGGAGCUGCCGGCCGUGCGGGAGAGCGGCCUUCUGGGAAACAUGGGCCCCGAGGAGAGGAAGAUGCAGGAGAGCCUUUUCGAGGUGGUGACGUCGGAAGCCUCCUACCUGCGUUCGCUGACCCUGCUGAUCGAGCACUUCAUGGAGUCUCGGGAUCUGGCAGCCACCAUCCUUCUGCGCGAGCACCGCAUCCUCUUCUCCAACAUCCGCAAGGUCAAGGAGGUCAGCGAAAGGUUCCUGCAGGACUUGGAGGGUCGCCUCGCCGAGAGCCUGCAGAUCUCAGACGUCUGCGACAUCGUGGAGGACCAUGCGAAGCAAAGCUUCUCCGUCUACAUCGACUAUGUCCGCAACCAGCUGUACCAGGAAAAGACCUACAGUACCCUCAUGGAGAAGAACCCCCAGUUUGCCGUUGUCGUGACCCGUCUGCAGGAACUGCCGGAGUGCCAGCGGCUCCCUUUCAUGUCCUUCCUGUUGCUUCCUUUCCAGAGGAUCACGCGGAUCAAGAUGCUCAUCGAGAACGUCCUGCGCCGGACGGAAGAAAACUCCUUGCGAGAGCAGAACGCCAUGAGAGCGCUGGGCUCCGUUUCCAAGAUAAUAGAAGAAUGCAACUCGGAAGUGGGGCGAAUGCGACACAUGGAGGAGCUGAUCCACAUCGCCAGCAAGAUCGAGUUCGACAAGCUUAAGGCGGUGCCCAUCAUCUCUCAGAGCCGGCAGCUGCUGAAGCAGGGCGAGCUGCUGGAGGUGGUGCAUCGGGGCACGAUCUUCGGCAACAAGCCCAAACUGGUCCCCAUAUACCUCUUCCUCUUCAACGAUCUGCUCCUCAUCGCCCAGCGGAAGAGCUCCGAACGCUUUGUCGUGCUGGACUACGCCCACCGCUCUCUCGUUCAGGCCCAGGGCUGCGGGGACGCGUCUGUGGGCAGCAGCUCCGAAAACAGCUUCUACCUGACCCUACUGGAGAACCACCAAGGCCGGAGUAUCGACCGCCUCUGCCGCGCCCCGACACAAUCAGACAUGCAUCGCUGGAUGGGCGCUUUCCCCUGCCAUGAAUCCCAACCCAACGGCAAGCAGGAGACCAUAUAUGAGGAUUGGGAUUGCCCCCAGGUGCAGUGCAUUGAGGCUUAUGUGGCAGUCCAGGCUGACGAAUUGAGCCUGGAGCCGACCGACAUUGUCAACGUUCUUCGCAAGACCAACGAGGGCUGGUAUGAGGGUCUCCGCCUAGCUGACGGCAAGAAGGGCUGGUUCCCUUCGCGCUACGUGCAGGAGAUCACGAACGAGCACGUGCGCCGGCGCAACCUCCGCGAGCGGUACCGCGUCCUGCAGGCCGCCCGCCAGCUCCAGCUGACCCGCACCAGCCACAGCAAGGGCAAAUACAGUUCCGCUUGA